AUCAUGGAACGUGAAAUCCAGCGUGUCCAAAUAAAAAGUGAUAACACAUUCACUCCGCACCCCACAUAAACACCGCGUUUUCUGUCUCCGUCGGGUCCUACAUCUGACGGACGGCGUUUACCCUUCAUUUCUCUCUCUCUUCCUCCGCAAUUCACCUACUCUUCCCGGCAAAACCCUACCCACAAAUUCUGCAAUUUUUCAUAUCAAGAGCUUCGUCUUUUAUUCUUUUAGUGAGUAAUACUCCUAAUUUUUUGCCAGUGGUAUAAUAUUAAUACAUGGAUCGAGCUGAAACUGGCAAUGCAUCGAUUGCCAGGAAUUUUUGCUCAUAAGAAACGCGUCGACUCUAAGCAAAAGCGUGCCGUUUCCUCCUCCGUUAAAGCAAAGCCGAAACUCGAGCGCCUCAACGCUCGCAAAGAUAUUGAUUACGACCCGUGUAUGCUUGAGUUCAGCGGCGAUAAUAAGAGCUUUCGAAUCGAAGGGCAUGAUAGUGAAUUGCUUGAUAAUUUUUUUGAAAAAUUAGGGUUUUCUGGUCCUGAUGAUUUCGCUAUCCCUGCCGCUGAAUGGGAUGCUAUGCAGUUGCGUUCCUCCUCCUCAUCGGAGGUAAUUGAUCUUGGUAGUAACAAAAUUAAGGAUAAUAUUUUUCGAUAUUAUGAUAAUCCUUCUAAAGCUAGUGAUGUAAUUCAGCUGCAAAUUCAGUCAGGCAAGUUAAAUGAUGAGGAUAGUGGAGUUGUUUGCGCUGCUAGUGUGAUUAGUGGCGUGUCUAAAACCGAUACAAUUAGAUUAGAAGACGGUGUUACAGGGUCCGGAGUUGUUUUAAAUGGAAAUGAACCUGUAAGUUUAAUUGGAUGUGUUGGUGGUGGAGGUGGAGGGAUUAAGGGUGUAAGGCCACCGCUUCUGGCUCCUCCACCAGUCAUGUCACUGCCAAUUGUUGAUGACGCAUCAUGCUCUACUUGGGAUAUUUUUAGGGCAUUUGGCCCCAAAGAUCAUAGGGAAUCAGGGCUUUGUAGAUCUGAGGUUGUCAAUGGUGAUGCAGAAUGUGUUAAGAAUGAGGUGGAUGAGGAGGAUAAUAGUACUAGUAGGAGAAGAAUAGGAGUGAGUAACUUACUAUCGGAGUCCUGUUCUUUCACCACUACUUCGAAUGACGAUGACUCUUCUAGCUCCACGACUGAGCGUAUGUCAAGCAUCUCACCGAAUGGGAGAUUCGCACCCUACAUUACAUACUGGGACAAAGUUGAUCUCCUGGGACGUGGAUCUUUUGGAUCUGUAUAUAAAGGAAUUUCAGAUGAUGGUUUCUUUUUUGCCGUGAAGGAAGUGUCAUUACUUGAUCAAGGCGAUGGGGGAAGGCAAAGUCUAUACCAACUUGAACAGGAGAUUGAGCUUCUAAGUCAGUUCGAACAUGAGAACAUAGUUCGAUAUUAUGGAACUGACAAGGAUGAUUCAAAAUUGUACAUCUUUCUUGAGCUGGUUACGCAAGGAUCUCUGUUGAGCCUUUACCAGAAAUAUCACCUUCGAGAUUCGCAAGUAUCCGUCUACACAAGGCAGAUUUUACAUGGUUUGAAGUAUUUGCAUGACCGAAAUGUGGUUCACAGAGAUAUUAAAUGUGCUAAUAUAUUGGUGGAUGCUAACGGAUCGGUCAAGCUUGCUGAUUUUGGCCUUGCAAAGGCUACUAAGUUAAAUGAUGCCAAGUCUUGCAAGGGUACUGCUCUCUGGAUGGCUCCUGAAGUUGUGAACAGGAAGAACCAAGGCUAUGGACAAGCGGCUGAUAUAUGGAGCCUUGGCUGCACUGUCUUAGAGAUGCUUACUCGCCAGUUUCCUUACUCCCACUUAGAAAAUCAAAUGCAGGCUCUGUUUAGGAUUGGAAAGGGGGAACCUCCACCUGUCCCUAAUACUCUCUCAAUAGAUGCACGCAAUUUUAUUAACCAGUGUCUUCAAGUGGAUCCAAGUGCUCGUCCAACUGCUUCUCAGCUCUUGGAGCAUCCUUUUGUGAAACGAACACUUCCCUCUUCCUCGGGCUCAGCUUCUCCUCACAAUCUAGGCAAGAGGCUUUGAAACCUUGUUCUCUUUUCUUCCCAUUGGAUCCUCAAAGUUUUGGUGGAAGUAAUCUGGAUGCUUUUUUCAGAAUCUGUAUUUGAACACUGAGUUAAGGUGUUUGAUCCUUUGAGAGCGCAUCGAGAGCAGUUCCUACCCGUGGUCAAUGCCUUUGCUGCAGUGUAUAUUUGAGCCCCCCCUCCCUUCUUUCCGCUUUCCUGACCUCUCACCCCAUCACGGAUGGAAAGAAGAGGUCAGGUACUGUGGUGUAUAUGUAGUUCAAUUCGAUGUUAGAGUGUUUGAGCCAAUACGGGAUGUAAAGAUAGAUAACCCAUUUGAAAUGUAUAUAUCACUAGAAGAGGUCCAGGUGUUGCUUUCUUCA